AUGCCGCAGAAGUUUUACGUGACAUAUAACCAGGUGCACAAGCUCUGUCAGACCUCCGCUGACAGAAUCCUGAAUGAUUUCCACCCCAACUUGAUGAUCGCCAUUGGCGGUGGUGGUUACGUUCCUGCCCGUAUUCUCCGGUCCUUCCUGAAGCGCACCGGUGAACCCAACAUUCCCAUCCAGGCUAUCGGUCUGUCGCUUUACGAGGAUCUAGGUCGCGGUGACCCGGAGGAGGUUCCAGGUACCAAGGUCACUCGUACACAAUGGUUGGACCUUAGCUCUCUGGAGAUGGCCAACCUUAUUGGAAAGAACAUUCUCAUUGUGGACGAGGUCGACGACACACGGACGACUUUGGAAUAUGCAGUCCGGGAGCUCGAGAAGGAUGUUGAGAUCGCGCAGAAGCAGCUUGGCCGUGAGGGCGAGAAGACCAACUUUUUCAUUUUUGUGCUUCACAACAAGGACAAGCCCAAGAAGGGGUCGCUUUCCCAGGAUAUGUUGGAAAAUGGCUACCACGCAGCUGUUACGACUGGCGACGUUUGGAUCUGCUACCCAUGGGAGGCCAAGGACAUCGAUGAGCACGACAGAUUGGCGCAGGAAAACCCCUUCUUUGCUUAA